AUGAUGACAAUCUCCAGCAGUGAGACGACAACCUCCAGCAGCGUAGCGACAACGUCCAGCAGCGUGACGAGAAUCUGCAGCCAGCGUGACGACAAUCUCCAGCAGCGUGGCGACAAUCUCCAGCAGCGUAGUGACAACCUCCAGCAGCGUGACGACAAUUUCCUGCAGCGUAACGACAAUCUCGAACAACGUGACGACAACCUCCAACAGCGUGACGACAAUCUCGAGCAGCGUGACGACAACUUUCAGCAGCCGAAAUGUGACGACAACCGUCAGCGUGACAACAACCUUCACUUUGGAGACUUUAACCUUCAGCGUGACGACAACCUCCAGCAUCGUGGCGACAACCUCCAGCAUCGUGGCAACAACCUCCAGCAGCGUGACAACAACCUUCAGGAGCGUAACGACAACAGCAAGAGCGUGAUGACAACCUUCAGCAGUGUGACUUUAACCUUCGCCAUAACGAUAACCGUCAGCAUUGUGACGACAACCUCCAGCAAUGUGACGACAACAUUCAGAAGCGUGACGACAACCUUCAGUAAAGUGACGACAACCUUCAUCGUAAAGACCACCUUCAGCAGAGUGACGAUAACCUUCAGCGUGACGACAACCUUCAGCAGGCAGCGUGACGAAAAUCUCCAGCAGUGUGAUGACAACUUUCAGCAGCGUGACGACAAUCUGCAGCAGCGUGACGACAACCUUCUGCAGCGCGACGACAACCUUCAGCAGCGUGACGACAAUCUCCUACAGCGUUACGACAACCUCAACAGCGUAACGACAAUCUCCAGCAGGGUGACGAUCUCCAGCAGUUUGACGGCAACCUUCAUUGACGAAAACCUUCGGCGUGAUGAUAACACUUCAGCAGAGAGUGUGAAGAUAACUUUCAGCAGCGUGACGACAACCUUCAAGCGUGACGACAACCUUCAACGCGUGAUGAUAACCUUCCAGCAUCGUGAAAACAAUUUUAAACAGCGUGAGACAACCUUCAACAGCGUGACGACAGCAGCCAGGAGUCAACAUGACGACAACCUUCAGCAGCGUGACGACAGCACCUUCAACAGCGGGGCGACAACCUUCAGCAGCGUGACGACAACCUUCAGCAGCCUCACGAUAACCUCAAGCAGCGUGACGACAACCUUCAGCAGCGUGACUUUAACUUUCCACCAGCGUGACGACAUAUCGGAGCGUGACGAAAACCUACGGCAGCGUGACGACAUCUCCAGCAGCGUGACGACAACCUCCAGCAGCGUGACGAAAAUCUCCAGCAACGUGACGACAACCCAGCAGCGUCACUUUAACUCAGCGUACUACAACCUUCAGCAGCGUGACGACAACCUCCUGCAGCGCGAAGACAAAAUUCAGCAGCAGAACGUAACCAUCCAGCAAUGUGACGACAACCUUCAGCAGGGUGACUUUAACUUACAGCGUGACGACAACCUCGAGCAUCGUGACGACAACCUCAGCAGCGUGACGAUAACCUUCAGCAGCGUGACGGAGCAACCAGGGCGUGACGACAAUCUCCAGCAGUUUGACGACAACCUUCAAUGUGACGAAAACCUUCAGCGUGAUGACAACCUUCAGCAGAGUGACGACAACCUUCAAUGUGACAAAACCUUCAGCGUGACGACAACCUUCAGCAACCGUGACGACAACCUUCAACAGCGUGACGACUGCCUUCAGCAGCGUGACAACAACCUUCAGCAGCGUGACGACAACCUUCAACAGCGUGGCGAUAACCUUCAGCAGCGUGACGACAGCCUUCAGCAGCGUGCAACAACCUUCAGCAGCGUGAUGACAACCUUCAGCAGCAUGGCGACAACAUUGAUCAGCGUGAUGACGGCAGCCAGCAGCGGCGACAGCACUUCCAGCAUCGUGAAAACAAACUUCAGCAUCAUGACAACAAUCUUUAGCAGCGAGAGGACAACCUUCAGCAGCGUGACGACAACCUUCAGCAGC